GGCUGAGUUAUUCCAGAAAAAAAAGGAGAAAAAAAAGCUGGCAGCAGACAGCCUGGACCGGGACAGACAACACAGCAGCAUAUAUUAGACAUACUGUCCACACAGCACUGAGGAGAUGGGGGACAAAACGGGGACCAGGGUCUUCAAGAAGUCCAGCCCUAACUGCAAGCUCACAGUUUAUCUAGGGAAGCGAGACUUUGUUGAUCACUUAGACCAUGUAGAUCCAGUGGAUGGAGUGCUCCUUGUAGAUCCGGAGUACCUGAAAGAUCGAAAAGUGUUUGUGACUCUGACCUGUGCGUUUCGUUAUGGUCGAGAGGAUUUGGACGUCCUGGGCCUUUCCUUCCGGAAGGACCUGUACAUCAGCACCAUCCAGGCCUUCCCUCCUCUGCAGGAGAAGAAGACGCCUCUGAGCCGCCUGCAGGAGAGGCUGCUGAAGAAGCUGGGUCAGCAUGCCUACUCCUUCCAUUUUACUAUCCCCCAGAACCUGCCCUGCUCAGUAACCCUCCAGCCGGGUCCAGAGGACACCGGGAAGGCGUGUGGUGUGGACUAUGAGCUUCGAGCGUUCUGUGCCAAGACUGCGGAGGAAAAAAUCCACCAAAGGAACUCUGUGCAACUGGUGAUCCGGAAGGUUCAGUACGCUCCAGAAAAGCCAGGUCCACAGCCCAUGGUGGAGACCAGUCGCAGCUUCCUGAUGUCUGAUAGAGCUCUACACCUUGAGGUCUCACUGGAUAAGGAGCUGUAUUACCAUGGUGAGCCCAUCAAUGUCAAUGUCCACGUCAGCAACAAUUCCACCAAGAGUAUCAAGAGAGUGAAGAUAUCUGUUCGUCAGUAUGCUGAUAUCUGUCUGUUCUCCAUGGCUCAGUACAAGUGUGCAGUUGCCCAGGUUGAAGCAGAUCACCAGGUUUCUCCCAGCUCCACCUCCUGCCAGGUCUACACUCUGACCCCGAUGCUGGGUGCCAACAGGGAAAAGAGAGGCCUGGCCCUGGAUGGACAGCUAAAGCAUGAAGACACCAACCUGGCCUCCAGCACCAUAGUGAAAGAAGGGACCAACAAAGAGAUGAUGGGGAUCCUGGUUUCCUACAGAGUCAAAGUCAAACUGGUGGUGGCUCGUGGAGGGGAUGUGGCAGUGGAACUUCCUUUUGUCCUGAUGCAUCCCAAACCAGACCAGCCCAGCCCCCAACCACAGCCAGUUGUUCCAGAGGCUGACGCUACUGUGGAUAACCUCAUAGAGCUUGAGACAAAUUCUUCCUCCCAGGCUGAUGACCUAGUGUUUGAAGACUUUGCUCGCCUGGGGCUAACGGGGAUGAAGGAUGACAAGGUUGACAGCAACCCCUUCUGUUAGCUCCUCCUCUUCCUUUGCCAGCAGGGUUAUGUGUCUGAGUGGAAGAUUACGGGAUGCCGCAAAUAGAUAGAGAACCCAAGAAGUGGACAGCAAAGCAAUAUAGCCUCCUGAGUCUUACCACAUGCUUUAAUCGUAUCAUUUACUCUGUAAGGGCUACCAGAACUGGUUGUAUGUUAUGAGAUGUACCAGGAGCUCAGUGAGGCUACAGUAACAAUCUGCUAAUAAGAGUAUUAUACACACUGCUGUGAUUCAGGAGCCAGGACACCUUUAAACCAAAAAAUAAUACUUGUAUUUUUAUAUUGAUAAUAGGUCAGCUGUUGUCUGGUUGAUUUAUCCUCAGCCUCUUUAUAAUCAUAUCAGUCUAAUGCAUUUUAUAUCCGGAGCAGAAGAAGCCAGAGGGUAGAGUUCAAUAAAUAGCAGGAAUAACUUUAUUUUUAUAGUUGAUUUUUUUGUUUGUUUGUUUGUUUGAUUUUUUUGCUGCUGGAAUCAGGGCCCAGUUGUUCAGAAUUAAUCUGAUGGGAUUUGAUCAAAUCUUGAAAACAGGUUGUUUAGAGGGAAUAAAGGAUUCUGAAAUUGGAUUUAAUCAUGUAAUCCAAUCUUGAUUUUGAACUGGAUCAAACUUUCUGUGUGCUUCAGCAUUUGCAAAGCCCUGUGGAUUCUUGCAAAUACCAUUACAAGCUCUCACUGGAGCCAGAGGAACCUGAUUUUUUUAUUACAGAAUAUCUGUCUCAUGUACUCCUGUCAGAAUAUAGCGACACUUAUGACAAAAAGUUUUUUUAUAAACGUGUGAAACUGUAGCUUUAAAGCGACCAUCUGGUAGUCUACAUUGUGAUGUGUAGAGUCCCAUUUAGAGACUGGUUAUCUGGAUUUGAUAAUAUUGAAAAGUUUGCAUCAGGAUCUGGUUGAUCCAAUCCAAUGUUGCCUUUACAAAACAGCACAAAAUUAAGAUGGAUUAGCUGAUCCUGGAUAGCAAAACAUGGGAUUUCCAAAUCCACAGGUCUCAUUUGUAAAUAUUGCAUAUGCACAAAACAAGGCCUGAAAGAGGCAUACGCCACUUCCCACGCAAAAGCUGUGAUCUAUAAAAACAGACUUGAUGGGAGAAACUUUGACCCGUGCUUACAAUUAUUGUGGAGAUGUAAAAUUGGUGACUCAGAUGGUUAGUUUGAAGCCUGAUUUUAGAAACUGUCAAAAUAUUUUUUGGCACACACCAUUUUUGGCUUUAGUCCGUACGUACAUUUUUAGUAUGGAUCCUACACAGUUUUUUAAAUAAGAUCCCACAUCAUUCUAAAGCCAGGUUACAUAUUUUGAACAACUGUGCCCAAAGCUUUGGCGUACAUUGAUCAUUCUGUCUGUACUGUAUCACCAUUUAACACACAAGUCAAAAAGCUAGACAAUCAAUCUCUCAACAGGCUCUUGUGUUUUUUUAUCUAUGAAGAUGCAUGAUUUUUUUGUUUUUUCCAUGGAGUUGUAAAUGUGAGCAGUGUAAAUGUUAAGUGUAAGCUAUCACAACUGUUAAUAUAAUCAAACUUGAGAUUUAUAAAACACUUAAAAUGCUA